AGAUAUUGAAUUAGAACCAGUCUAAAAUCUCUAUCGUUUUAAGCCAAACAUUCGAUGGUACCCUAAAAAACAUAAACAACUGUUAUUUGGGAUAAAUUCGAAAUGGAAAAUUCCGAAGGUAAGAUUAUUAGUUAUUCUAGUAUUUAUUCGUUGUAGUUGCAGCAGCUGUAUACGAACGCAUACGUAAAUAUAUAACAAAGUCAUCUCCAUCCUAUAUACAGUAUAUGUAAAUUGUACUGUAUAUAAGGAUAAACAGUAUACAUAUAUUCUCUUUACUAUACCAAACACGACGGAUAAAGAAUGAAAUUAUAAGAAGAUUUACAAUCUGCCGUGUUUGUACAUUCUAAUUUAAAUAGUAUAAUCCGUAUGUAAAGUUUAUAUUUAUCCAGUCUAUCUAGGAAACAUACCAACUAGUUUGUAUAUAUAGAUAUACAAGUAUAUGUAGAGAAGGAAUAGACGUAAAUUAUUUAUUGUUUUUAACUACUUACUUCUACCAAACAUUUAAAAGGAAAAGAUUAAGAAGAAUGAGGAGCAGAACAGAGAGAUGCUUGCCCUUUUUUUUUAAUUAAAAAUGAAUAGUUCAAGUAACCUUGGAAACGAUUUAAUAAUUUCAAUAUUCGAAUCCUCCUCCUCUCCUUCUUUCUAUUGCUAAAUUACCACCUAUUUGGGGAACGGAUACAAAAAACAACUACAAUAUAAUUUACCUAUCUAGAUGGAGAGGGAAAGGGAAAUCGAUACGAAGGGAACUUUAUAGACGGUGUAAAAGGAAUUAUUGAUUCUUCAUGUAAAAUUGAUUAAUGUAAUAACGUAUGUAUUUGUUGACUUGACAAUUCAUCAUUUACUAAUAACAUUACAACUUAGAGCGUGUAUUGCGUAAUAAAUUUAUAGAGAUUUACUUAUAAUUAUCCAAUUUUCUGUGUAUUCUAUCAUCAAGUUCAACCGUAUUCAUAAUAUCAUUUUUUUUCUUAUUUUCUCUCUCUCUCUCUCUCUCUCCCUCUCUCUCGCUCUCUUUAGCAAGAAAAUACGAUAGUGAAGGCGAUGAUUCGGGAUGUUGUGGAGUGAGUAGUUUAUACAUUCAUCCAUCCAUUACAUAAUUUCUAUUGUUCACAGAUAAUACUCAAAGUUAUUUCAUUGGUUUUAAUCGUUAUCACUUUCCCCAUAUCAAUUUGUAUGACUCUGAAAAUUGUACAAGAAUACGAAAGAGCUGUUAUGUUCAGACUUGGAAGGGUUCUACCCGGAGCCAGAGGACCUGGGAUAUUUUUUAUAAUACCUUGCCUCGAUAAUUUUGUCAAGGUUGAUUUACGUACAGUCUCCUUUGAUGUUCCCCCUCAAGAGAUUCUCACCAAGGAUUCCGUAACGGUUGCCGUAGACGCAGUUGUUUAUUAUAGAAUAUCGAAUCCUAUGAUAUCGGUGGUAAACGUUGAAGACUGUUCCCGAUCGACCCGCCUCUUAUCCCAAACAACGCUGAGAAAUAUUUUAGGGACAAAGACCCUAAGUGAUAUAUUAUCAGAAAGAGAAACAGUUGCCACCAAUAUGCAGAGCGUCCUCGAUGAAGGAACCGAUCCGUGGGGUGUUAAGGUUGAAAGAGUGGAAAUAAAAGACGUUCGUCUACCAGUUCAGCUGCAAAGAGCUAUGGCGGCGGAAGCCGAAGCAACUAGAGAUGCUAGAGCUAAAGUAAUUGCGGCCGAAGGUGAACAAAAUGCCUCUAGAGCACUAAAAGAAGCGGCCGACGUAAUAAGCGAAGCAUCGGGUGCCCUUCAGCUAAGAUACCUACAAACACUCACACAAAUAUCGGCAGAGAAGAAUUCGACAAUAAUCUUCCCUCUGCCAAUUGAAUUGAUGAGUGCUUUUAUCGAAAGGAAGAAAUAAAGCAUCGAAAUUACUACGAUUAUAUAUAUAUUUUAACUUUCAAUUGUCGAGAAUCUCUAUACGAAAACAAGAGUACAUACUAACUACAUACUGUAUACAGUGGUGUGCGAAUGUAUGUAUGGUAUGUAUCUAUCUGUAUGUACCUGUAUACUUUUUCUAUUUAAGGCCUAUAUAUAUAUAAAUAUGUACUGUUGUUUCUUUUUUCCUUUUUUGUUAUUCUAGUAUUAAAUGUACUUUUUUGUUGGUUUUUUUCCUUUUGUUGUUUUUGAGAUCUCUGCAUUUUGAACAAUGUUGAAUAGUUUGUUUUUCUUUUUUUCCUCCAUUUCUUUAGUUAGUUAUGUAAGGGAAAAGAAUUAAAACAUCUUUCAACAUUUGUCCUAUAAAUAACAUACUCUUUUCAAAUUUUCAACCAUAUAUGUAUAUACAUAAAUAUAUUAACUUCUACAGUAUAUACAUCUAUUGUUGACAUUUCUAUAAAUGUACUAUGAAUGUAUAAGGAAAACAGUUUAGUGUUUGGGAAUUUCAUCAAAAUUUUUGAUAAUAAACUGCCAUCGCUAUAA